GGAGGCGGCGCGAGUUCGGUGUGGUGCCCUGUGGCGGUUUCAUCACCACCCGAGCCGAUUUUUUUGCAACUAAGAAUAGCAAACCAAAAUGUCUGUGGAUCCAAUGACCUAUGAGGCCCAAUUCUUCGGCUUCACACCACAGACUUGCCUGUUGAGGAUCUACAUUGCGUUUCAAGACUACCUAUUUGAAGUGAUGCAGGCUGUUGAACAGGUUAUUCUGAAGAAGCUGGAAGGCAUCCCAGACUGUGAGCUGAGCUCAGUCCAAAUUCGUAAAUGCACAGAGAAGUUUCUUUGCUUCAUGAAAGGACGUUUUGAUAACCUUUUCAGCAAAAUGGAACACCUGUUUUUGCAGUGGAUUUUGCAUAUUCCUCCAAACAUCUUGCUUCCUGAAGAUAAAUGUCAGGAGACAAAUCCUUACAGUGAGGAAGAGUUUCAGCUUCUCCAAAAAGAAAUUGAAGAGUUACAAGACAAGUAUAAGACUGAAUUAUGUACGAAGCAGGCCCUUCUUACUGAAUUAGAAGAGCAAAAAAUUGUCCAGGCCAAACUCAAACAGACUUUGUCUUUGUUUGAUGAGCUUGAAAAUGUUAGCAGAGAUCAUGGGACUAGUGAUUUUAGGGAGAGUUUGGUAUCCCUGGUCCAAAACUCCAGAAAACUCAAGAGCAUUAGAGACAAUGUGGAAAAGGAAAACAAAAAACUGAAAACAUCUUAAUUCCUCAAUGAUAAGAUUAGAUUUGUUUGCUUUUUAUUAUUUGUUGCACAUCUCUUUUGAUCCAUUCCACUGCAACAUCUGUGUAUGGCUUGGAACCAGUCUCAGAGGAAUUUGUUCAUGUGAGGCCUCUAAUAGGUGGGAUGGGAUUCUUGAUUUCCAUACUAGCUUAUCUGGAGACAUGAUGAAAGUUGAAACAACCAAAGUUUUUGUAAAGGUGUGUCUUAUUUCCAGUUAUAUAUGAUAUUGGUCCUGUGGGUUAUUCUUUUAUGAGAAGAGAUGAGAAAAGGGUUAAAGCCAGUGGCUCUGUAUUAACCACACAUUGCUCUAUGGACCUGCCAACACAGAAAGCUUGUUGGCUAUAACUUUCCUUACAUGAGGAAGUUGGUAAUUUUUUGGAAGAA